UCCAGCCGGCUCUGAAGGAAGGCGGAGGAGAGGGAAGGAAUCGGAGCGGCGGCGGCGGCGCCAUGAGGGCCGGGCGGGGGCUCUCACGCGUGCAGAGGUCUGAAGACCCCAACUGCUGACGGCUGUCUGUCAUGCUGGCCUGCCUGUCGGGACCAGGGGAUCUCUCCUUCCAGCUUCUUUCCUUCCCGCAGAUGAAUGCUGGACUUCAGAAAUGGGACACUACACAGAAAAUGAGAGCCGCACAGCACCCUACUCCAGCAGAGUUGGACGCGUAUGCUAAGAAGGUGGCCAAUCAUCCUCUGACUAUCAAAAUUUUCCCCAACAGCGUCAAGGUUCCUCAACGGAAACACAUUCGUCGUACUGUGAACGGACUGGACACUUCUGGGCAGAGGUACAGUCCUUACCCACCCUCUCAGGCUGCUGUGAAAACUGGUCUGCUGGCCAUAGUCAGGUCCCCGGCCAAAGGUGUGGUCAAGGACUUUGACGGGACUCGUGCACGCCUGCUGCCGGAAGCCAUGAUGAACCCCCCUUCCACCCCCUAUGCGGCACCAAGCACUUUAAGCCACCCACAGGUGUUGGCACGCCAGCAGGCUCUGCAGCACGCCCAGAGCAUGGCUCAGCACCCUCAGGGGAUCCCUACAGCCAUCCAGCACCCGCAGUCUCUGGCCCACCCAGCCCUGCAGCAGCACCCCGCCAACCACUUGCUGCCGCCGCAGCAGCAGCCCCCGCCAACAGCAGGCUUGCACGGGGGCAGGAAGGUUCCAGAUGCUGAUGCCCCCCCGAAUGUGACUGUGUCUACCUCAACCAUCCCCCUCUCCAUGGCUGCCACACUGCAGCAGAACCAGCCCCCGGACUUGAGCAGCAUAGUGCACCAGAUCAACCAGUUCUGCCAGGCACGAGCGGGCAUCAGUGCUACCUCAGUGUGCGAGGGACAGAUCGCCAACCCCAGCCCCAUCAGCCGCAACCUCCUGAUCAGCGCGAGCACCAGGGUGUCUGCUCACAACGUUCCCACGCCCCUGCCUUCCUGCGUGGUGAACCCCGGUGAGCAUGCCCCCCACGCUGCCACAAUUCCACCCGCUGCUGCCACCAUGGGUGCCCCCCUGGGGAGCGUGAGCAGGGGCUCUUCUGCGUACCAAAGUGAAAUGAAGCAGGUGGCGGCGUGGAACCAGCACCAGCUGGCUCACCUGCAGCAGAUGUGCGGUGAAGCAGUUGGCCCCUCCGGGCUGAUGGGCAAGCCCCCUGCCCGAGAGCUAGGCGGGCAAGGUUUCCCUGGCAAAGCACCAGGCUACGCCCUGGAACUGUGCAUGGGCCAGCCGUUCAACGUGAAGCCCCCCCUGGAGAAGCCUACCCCCUCACCUCCUGUCAACGGCCUGCCCGGUCCCAUGCCCUAUGCCAACGGCCAUUAUUUCCAGCCCUUGUGGAAUAACCUUCUGCCCACCCCCAACAGCGACAGCUCAGGCUCCCAGGACCUGGCCAUGCCUUUCCACGGUGGGGGGCAGCCUAUGGGGGCCGCCCUGGAGUGCGCGGCUGGACCUCAUUACAGAGCUGGGGCCGGCGCCCCUAGCCAGAGUACCAUGAUGCAGACGAUGGAAUACCUAAGCGGGGACUUCCAGCACUCCUGCCUUCGAGAGCAGAGUGGGGUUGUGCUUGGUAAAGCCUCCCGCGCUCCCAUGAACCGAGCUCCCGAGCCCACCGAUAGCCGAAGCCUUCAGCUCCCAGGCUAUAGAUAAGGCCACGGUGGUUAAUAUCACUGGCCAAGUGAGAGGGUUAGUCUUAAUUUGAAUUAAUAAGGGGGGCAUCUUUUUAACUUGCAAACUUUGGUGAUCAUUAUUGUGAAUUGCUGGACUGGAGGUUGAUUAUCGAGAGAUUCAUGUAUGCGUGUAAUAUCUCCUGUCUGUCUGCUGCCCUGAGCUGCUGGCUUGCUUAGUUCUAUAACGUGUCCCUCUUAGUUUGGCCCCCCUCCAGUCCUCCAGCUGUUUCCUGAGCAGAGCUUUCUUCAACUGGCAGGGGCUGCUGUUAAGUUGCUGCAGGCGUCAGCUUUUCCGCAGGACGCUCAAACCACUUACGUCAUGCUCCCUUUCACGAAGGAAUAGGAGAGAGCCACGGCCAGCAAGAGUGCCGCUUUUCCGCUCCAAAGCCCCCAUAGAUAGAUACACCACAGCCCCUUUUCUGCUCCCUCCCUCUAAUGUUUGCAGAAGGCUCGAUGGGAGGUUCUGGGCUUCGAUGCUGCUAUGCAGUGGUGGGUUGUGAAUGGUGCCUUUGCUGCUGCUUACACUGUUGCCAUUUUAUCUUGGGGACCACCACCCCUACCAGCCCAGGGCUGCCAAGUUUUGUGAAGCACAGAAAGUGAAGCUUUUACCCUCUUGCCCACUUCCCUCUGUUGUCCUGUAGAAACUGCCUCUUGUGACCGCUGCAAGCAGUCUGGCCUGCCCAACACUUAGUCCCAGAAACGUGCACCCCCUCCCACCCGUCCCCCAUGGAUGUAUGACUGCUAGUGAUUGAAAGUGUAAAUAGGCUCAGCCCUCCCCCUUCCCAGACACAUUCUUUCUUGCACCCACCUGGCCUUACUUGUGCUCCCUGCCCUAGAGAAGAAAGCCCCUAAUUACAGAUCAGGGCCCCAGAGAGGCUUAGCAGGGGUGGAGCUGGCUAUACCAAGUUAGCGCAAGCUGUGGCAGAAACUUCCCAAUUUUUCCUCUUCCAGUUGUGGCAGUUCUCCCCCCCCCCAAUUGCCUGUUUCUGCUGCAGCUAGCCAGUAUCCCUGGGUUCCCUAUGGAAAAAGAGGGAAGGAGGUGGGGGGGGGGGCUUUUGGGAAGAGGGCAGCAACGAAAUUGACACACAGUUUCCCAAUCUCCCUUCAUUUCAGCGCAGGUGUUUGCCCUCUGUAACCAGUGAGGAAGCAGGGAGUGAACGUGAGCAUAUAAUGAUCACUGCCAAGUUUGGAAUUUUAAAAAGAGAAAAAAGCAACUGUCUUUUUUUUUUUCCUCUGUACACUGGCUAAAACGGUUGCUGUACACUGUAAGCUCAGACGUGUCAUGUUUCUUUGUGAAUGUUACCUGGUAGCGUGGGUCUGAGUAGCACUGGGUGGUGGUGGGGGGUGAAGCCGCUGCCCACCCGCUCCUCCCUGCAGCUGGAAAAAGUGGGGGAGGAAACCCCCCCCCCCAUCAAAGCCUUAAGCUGUUGUUUCCCCGACUCUCCCAAACAAACAGGGGUUAAAUUUUUACCAAGCGCCGAAACUUUUAACAAGCAUUAAGCAGCAUCAUUGUUGGCUAGUGGUUCUUAGAAAAUGUCGAUAAAUGUGGGAGCGGGGAAAGGGAUAUCCACACUAGAAACGGUUUUUUCUCUCUCGGUUUUAGGUAAAGAGUUCUGGGCUGUGGGAAAGAUACUGAGGAGGCAGGGCUUAGCUGCUGCGCCGUCAGGCUCCCUUCCCCUCAGGGUAGGAUGCUUUCCACCACCCCAAUUCUUUUUAAAUCCAGUGAUUUGAGUUUUAUUUUAUUUUUUUUCAAAUCUAGGCUUAAAUUAUAUAUUUGCUUGUGUGGCCUCAUGCUAAUGCCUGGCCGGUUACACCAAAUUCUAGGUUCACACAAGUCCUAAUUUAUUGUUUUAGAAACCUGGACCUUGAGCCCUUUUGGAGGAAAGGGGGCAACUCCUGCUGAUGAGAAAAAGGUAGUCUCUCCCCCCCCCCCACCCCAGUGAUUUACCUUUCUGCAACAUAUUUCCCAUGCAACACUGCAAGCCCAACCCCAUCUCUUGGUCUGGAAAGAAGCUCUUGCCUUUAAAUUACCUGUAAGAUAGUACAAUAGUUGGACCUGUUGACUCAAUAAAACCUUUGCUGCCACCCCCUUCCUGUCUCACCUGCUGUGCAUACCAAGCAAGGUUCUUGAGUGGAUGCUCAAUUGACUCCUCCCCUUUUGAUUCCCAAACAGUGCCAGAGUCUGUUGCACCUUCUGGCCCACCCCCUGCUGUUUGUCUCGCGGAAGGGGGAAGUAACCGCUGCUUGGGAGCGUUGCUGUAUUUUCCUUUUCGUGGGAGAGGCAGUGCAACAGGAAUUUUGCUGUUUACAGUUUUCUUGGGGAGGAAAGACUCUCUCCCUUCUCCCCAGCAAAGGAUCCUUUUCCUCACCCACGUUACUGGCUUGGAGCCAGUUUGCGAGGGAGGAAGGAGGGGCAAGAAGGCACAGACCGCCCCCCCCAGCCCUGUCAUGGAUUUCCACUCCCCCCCAUGCUUUUCUUUUGCACCUGCUGUUUUUUUUACAAGGCUGGUCUCGCCUGGUCUAUUUCCUUUGCAGUUAACCAUAGACCUGUGUAGGGGUGGGUCUGAUUUUCCACCAGUGAAAAGGGCAGGGGCUGGAGGAAGGCUUGGGGUCUGGCCUGCAGCAGCUUAGCACUUCUCCUUGAUUCCCUCCCACACUCACCCACCCCAGUCUGGCUCGCAGUGACUGAGCCAUCGGAGGCAGUGCUGUUUCAGGAGUAGUUCAGCUUCCUACUACAGCUGGUUGGUUUCCUUAAUUUUUUUUCUUCUCGAGUGCUCUUUUUAAGCUUUCUUUUAAGAAAAUGCUAAUCAGAAUCUAGGCUGUAUCUAACUGCCCCCCCAUCCAAGAUGUGGGCAGAAAUUCUGUAAAAAUGGCGGUAGGGCCCAGAAACAGUUUAAUGGAGAGGGUGGGCGGGGGGAAGAGCCACUUUUUAAGCCUCAAGCCAGCAGACAUAACAGAAGCAUAAGAUGUGAGCUUGGUUUCUCUCUCCUGUCCUCCUCCUGUGGGGUGGGAGAGUGACCUCCCUUACAAGAAAGAGCAGAGAAGAAUUGCUGCAUGUGGGGGUUGACUUGCUGCUGUGUUUUCCUUAAAACCACUCACUAAUUAUUAUUGUUAUUAAUACACACUGCUGCUCAUG